GUGCCUUUAAAGGAGAAUAUUAGACAAAUCCCGCCAAGAAAAGAGCCUGCGUUGCGUGGCUGAUAUGGAUAUCACUCCCGAUGCAUCGCUAACCAUGGACGUCGAUAAUUUGGAGGAUGAAAUACCUUCGUCGUCGCCGAACAAUAGCGGACAUGUUUUGUGGAAGGCAUCUCAGACCACCAACGCUGCACUUCGCGACCUUAUCGUGGAGUCAUCAGAGAGCGUGCCCGAUCCUUGUAUGGUUGUUUUCAUAGAAAAGAAUCGAGUCGCUGACAUUCCAUAGCCCUUAGUAAACGCAUCCCCAGGUGGGAUGGACCUAGUUCCCCUCAAGAGCAUCGGAGAUCUACCCCAUAUGAUAUGAGACGUCGCCCUCCGCGACGAUCAUCAUCCACUGUACUUCAGCCUGUCACUUCCACAUCUUCUAAUUUGUCUGGUACCACAACCUCAGUGGAUACAAAGGCUUUAAUCGGUCUCAUCGUAACGGUACAGGGCCCUAAAUCUGGUGACGAGAACUCGGAGCGGGUUUCAGCGGCAAAGAUGAAGACGAGGCAGAAAGACAGGGCCGUGGCAGGAAGCAAGACCGGACGUAGUUCCAUGUUUCCACCUCCCACCCCACAAGGCAAAGGCAAAGGAAGAGCACAGGGUUCUUGCAUGAACGCUGACAAGAGGCGUCGCAGCGGCACUUUUACCGUGCCGGUGCCCUCUUUGUUGGAUUCUGCUUCGACAGCAACAUGUUCGGACGUUUCUAUGCUUGAUGCUAGUCCAGACGGCAUAGACGUCGAACGUGCGGUUUUGGCACCACCUCCACACCCUGUGUUGAUUCCCAGCCACUGCGAGGUUGCUUCGGGACACGGCAAAGCAUCAUUAGACAGCAAGGCCCCAAAGCCACCACUGCCGCGCUCGCGAAACGCACCCGACAAACGUCCGUCUACUCCGUCCGUCGUCGUCAAACCCACUCCGAGCAACGAUGUAGAACACGUUGCGCCAACUCGAAGAACGAAUAAGUUAUCUCAAACCCGAUUAAGCGACAGCGAGAAGGCAAAAACUGGCUUGUCUUCCAAGACAACUAGCGCUCCUACUGGACAAAGCAAACAUUCGUCGGUCGGGAGUCUCAGACGUUCAUCUUCUGUUAAACGGACAGAAGCCAUCAGGAAAGCGUUGGCUGAAGUCUCUUUGCCAUCGACAUCCAAGAGAAACGAGGGUCAAUCACUGCCCUCGAUUUCCAUAGGUGAUUCCAUCGGGCAAGGCAGCCAUUCGUCCAGCCGCAGCGUGACGCCUCUACCUACUCUUUCAUCCAACCGAACCCGUCCCUCUGCGUCCAAGAACUCCUCAGCAGCGUCAUCACGAUCCAUAUCUCGGCAACCCCCAUCUCAAUCGCCCAUCGCAACUCAACAGGAGCCCCCAAGUACAGACCCUUUUUACCGCCCUCCUCCUCGAAUGUUGGGUAUGGGCGUGCGUCGAAUCAGUUCAGCGCCAACAGCUCCGCAUGCAGAUAGGCCAUUGCCCACACAGCAAAAAGGUUUUAAGCCGCCACUCCUCACGGGAAGCCAAGUACCAAAAUCUGUGGAGAGGCCGCCUCUUUCCCCUCGGAAGGAGCCCUCAUCGGACGAUACCUCUUUUGACUGCUCCUUCGAUCUGGAUCCGGAGGAGCUAGAUAAUGCAAUGCAGGAGUUUGACUAGUGUUUCUCAUUUACUUUCAUUUUACUUCAUUCGGGGUAAAUGUUGUAUUUACUUUCUCUCUACCCAAGCAUUAAUUUACUCACCCGCAUUUGGUCUAUGUACCACGUGACAAUUGUUCAGCUAAAAUAAAAUAGAAUGUUUUCACCUUCACUCGAUUUCCACCAUGGACGCGCCAUUGAAUCCACCGACACGAAUACAGCCUUUCUCAGUGACAUCCAUCUCAAC